AUGAGUUCUAAGAAGAAGUGCGAUCAACUCAAGCCUGUAUGCUCGAGAUGCAUUCGAUUACGGCUCCCGUGCACUGGAGCUGGUGUUCAGAGAUUCAAAUUCAAGCAAGUCGUCAUUGGAGAGCCACAGACAACAGUAGAGUCGAAACAUUUCCAGCCGAGAAAGGGCGUGAUCGCUUCUGGGGCAAUCAUCCGGGAUCCAAAUAGUGCGACGACCGCUUUGGCCAAUGCUUUGAUUGAAAAGCUCCAGGUGAGGGAUCCUCGGUAUGAUCUCUGCUGGGCCUACGGCGGGCUUCUCAAUGAACUCCCCAGACGGUUGGGUACCAAUGCUGCUCUCGAUGCUUCGGUCUCGGCUAUGGUAACCAUCGUCUCACACCUCGGAGAUAAACCCAGGUCACCAGAAGUAUUCUCUGCAUAUGGGAAGGCGUUGGUGUCGCUCAAAACAUGCCUGCAUGACCCGAUUGCUGUGCAAUCUUCUAGUACUCUCUGUGCCAUAUACCUCAUUUGGAUUUGCCAGGCUUGGGUCAGUAAUGAUGAAGAUAUGGUAUUUACUGGACAUUCAUCGGGAAUAAUAAAAUUGCUCAGUCGAGUAUCUCAGAGGAAGUCUGUGGAUGAAUUUGAUCACAUGGUGCACAUGACCAUAGCAGCACCCGUGAUUUUUGAACGCCUUGUGGAUCCGACUAUUCAGCUGAAUUCCUGGCUGCUGAAGCUCUUGAUCGCUACAGAAACGCCGGUCAUCCCCGAUGACGACGAUGGGGAAGGCAUUGGUGACUUACCAAAUCAGCCUCGUCGAUCUCAGGUUGGGCUAAUCUUUUCUUCCGUACUGGCCAUUGCCGAUUUCAUGCGCUAUGACCCCACCAAGAUCGAUGAAAUUGCCCAUCUUCAUCGAGACAUGCAGAGAACGUGCGUCAAAUUGCGAGAGAAGAUGUAUGAGACUCUCGAUGGCUCUGAUGAGAAAACCUUCCUCGAUCUGCCAAAACAUCCGAGAAUGGAGGUGACAGUAAAACGGUUACAUGACUUCUACCAGAAGAUAUAUGGACUCUUCCUAAGUUUGGAGGUGAUGCUCAACGCUAUUCUUCAAGCGUAUCAUCCUGAAGAUGCCACGCUUCAAUCGCGGAACUUUGAGAUCUGUCAAGAAAUCGUCUGGUUGUCUUAUGCUGCACAGGGGUUAAAACCCCUGGGCGCCGGCAUGAUACCGGUUUGUCUGACGUCGGCCUGGGCUGCAACAUCAGAUUUCAGUUCCAGAGUUCUCCUUGAAAAAACUUGGUCUGAAUGUUGGGCAGGAGUCUUUAACCUUGGACUGAAAACUUGUGGGAGACAGUCUGCUGAGAUCUAUGAACGGCUUCGUCGUGAUAUUUGGAAUGCAAAUGCGCGGUCGACUUCCCCUGUGACUUCCCUGGAGAUAGAAAGGGCUACAAAAGAGGAAGUCAGCCCUCAAGAUUGA